AUGUACACCAGGUUACAGAACCUUCUUCAAGGUUCACGUAGCGUUGAUGAAUACGCAGAAGAAUUUGCAUUGUUGUUAACUCGCAACGAGAUACACGACAGUCAGAUUCAACUCGUCUCUCGCUUCAUAGGAGGCUUGCGCUCGCAACUACAGACAGCUAUGGCUCAGUUCGAUCCAUCGACAGUAGGUGAAGCUCAUCGCCGCGCUGCCUCGUUGGAACAACAGUCACAUCCAUGGAAUUGGACGUCCCCAUCUAAUCGAGCUCGUAGCCCAGAUUCUUCGGGAAGCAACUUACCAUCUUCGUCAGCAAAGGAUUCCACUGAUGCCACCAAUUCAACGACCAAACCAGCAACGCCGAAAGAACAACAACGACGACGUUCAACUCGACCUAAUGCUUUGCGCUGUUACACAUGUGGAGAACAGGGGCACCGUCAGACAGCUUGCCCUCAUGCAUCACGACGGGGACUGAUCAUUGAUGAUUCAACUAACAAUCACGAUGUGUAUAAUUCACAAGCAGAGGAAGAGCUAGACGACGAGGCAAUCCUUCCGACGUGUGGGGAUAGUGGCCAACUACUAGUGCUUCGUCGCACGUGUUUCACUCCUCAACGUCAUGACGACAAGUGGCUUCGCACGAAUAUCUUUCGGUCAACAUGUACCAUCAACAAUCGCGUAUGCACUUUUGUCAUCGACUCCGGCAAUAGCAAAAAUGUUAUUUCCGAGGAAGCAGUGGACAAGCUUGGUAUCACACGUGAAAAACACCCAGCGCCGUAUACUCUUGGGUGGCUAAACGAAAGUGUCAAUCUACGUGUAACACAGCGUGCCCUCAUCUCAUUCUCAAUUAGUCCAUACUACAAAGAUCGUAUUUACUAG